AAAAAAAGGAGCGAAAGGAACUUCUUUUUCUUUUUUUGUUUUGUGUUUGAUUUUGUUUGGUUAUUCUUCCAAAGAUAUAUUCAUGACGUUUCGAUUUAUCUUCACCUUUUUGUAAUGAAUACAGAACCACCACCUUAUCCAAUAACAAAUACCAUAAUGGAAACAGAAGCAACAAUACCCACAGAUACAACUGAAAUAGCAACCAUUGAAAGAACAAGUAUAAUAGAAUCAGCCCAGCCUACUGGACAAAAAAGGAACAAGAAACGCCGUCGACAAUGUUUAUUAUGUCUUCGUCAUGACCCUCCCCCAUUGUCCAACAAAAAACCAUUAUUAGAAGCAACAGCUAUGGGACCCUAUCUUAUUCAAUAUCAACGUCGCAUAUACUGGAUCACAACUUGUACAUGUGGUCAACGUCAGGUUCAUGGAUCUUGUCUAGCAGUGAUCAAUACGACGACAGAUAAACUAGGUGAUGCAUGUGGCAACUGUGGAUACAACAACUAUCGAAUCCGUUGGCGAUUAGGUUGGGUGCGAGUGAUGGUAGGUUGUGCACACUUAUUGAGUUUAGCAUCUGUAUUGGGCUUGGUGUAUGGUCUAUCGUUUCUAGGUAGGUCAUUGGAUCAAUUAGGAUUAGGGAACGAAAUGGGGGCAAAGUUGGAUGGUGAUGAAAAUUGGCAAGAUCAUGAAAUGCAAGAAAUAGCAGAUUGGUUAAACUUGGUUCAUUUCGUUACAGCAUUGGCGGGUGAAGCACUCCUUGGUUUGGUCUAUGUCGUGGGUGUGUCUGGUAUCAUUGGCUCAGAGCGGACUUUACAGAUGAUUCAUGCUAUCUUGUACCUGGAUGUCAUUCCGAGGAAGCAUUCUCCUGGUUACUCUUGGCUUCAUUGUUGUUUUGUAUGGAUGAUCCUUAUAUCUUUUGGCUUAGUACUUGGAACUUAUCUUUUGUUUUAUUCUUGGGUGUGGGCUUGUGUAUUCCAUCUGUUAUGUCGGCGGAUUCUCAACGUACAAAUUUCCAUGACAUCCAUGGCUUGAUAUCUUUUUUUUUUUUCUUCAGUUAGUUAGUUAGUUAUUCAUAUAGUGUACAUUUACUAUGAUUCCCAUAUAUAGAUACUUAUAUAUAUUAAUAUAGUUUAUCUUUUGAUGAAAACAGAAUAAUAAAAAAAAAUUUAUCAUUUA